CGGCCGCUUUCGGCCACAACAGUAUCAAUUCAACCUGCGCCCGUGAGCCACCGGCGAUAAGUGUCGUGUUUGGGAACGGAAUCGAACUGAGUACGUAGUUUGCUGUCUUAUCAAAGCUCAAGCGCGGGAUCGCACAUGACCUAGACAUUCGAUCAAGUGGCACUUGGUUUGGUACCUUUGUUGAAGUUCUACUCGUCUGCCGAUACCUGCAAACGUAAUGAUGGCAACAAUGAUAAUUGGCAAAAAGUGAAUAGAAAAAACGGGCCUUCUUCCAGCACGUUGUCCUGGCCCUGGCGUUGUGUGACAGUGAUUUAUUCGUUCGACGCAUCAAGCGCAAUAGAUACUGGGCAGCAGUUUAGAAAAAAAAACCUAUUGUUUGCUGGUUGAAAUGACCGGUUUGGAGGUUACCGAUUGAUGAACUGUAGACGGUGCAAAAGGUACCGUAAAACAUAACGUAAACACAGGUUAAUACACGUGAUCGUAGUAUAGUGGCGGAACUGUCCCAACAACUUACUGCCGAAAAUAUGGAACUAGUGAAAGACUUUUAUUCGUGUCUCGUGGCCAUAACAGCGUUCACCGUACUGUACGUUGCCGUAGACAGCAAAGCAUGUGACCCGGUGCCCUAUGUCACACGCGACUUCUGGAACGCGCUGCCACCCAAGCUGGUGGAACAUUUUGCCGGACCAAUACCGUACGUCAUCAUACACCAUUCGUACAUGCCGGCGGCGUGCUACAACGGCCUGCAGUGCAUUGCAGCGAUGCAACAGAUGCAGAAAAUGCAUCAAGAAGUUCGGCAGUGGAAUGACAUUGGAUACAGUUUUGCGGUCGGUGGUGACGGCCGUAUCUACCAAGGGCGAGGAUUCAACGUCGUUGGUGCCCACGCUCCACGGUACAACAACCGGAGCGUUGGGAUCUGCCUGAUCGGCGAUUGGGUUGCGGAUUUACCACCGAAGAAUAUGCUCGCAGCAGCAAAAAAUCUCAUCGAGUACGGCGUCCGGAAUGGACUCAUAGCGCAGAACUACACCCUGCUCGGACAUCGACAAGUGCGCACAACCGAGUGUCCUGGCGAUCGACUGUUUGAGGAGAUUAAGACAUGGCCCCAUUUCAACCCGAUGACGGAUAUCGUGGACCAGAACAGUGUAUGAGCACGAGCCACACGCCUGGAUCGAAACGAAGUAUUUCUUUUUGUAAACCGAUAAUAGCUAUUUAACGUACGGUUAGUUCCACUACCUCGUCGUGCAUCCAACACAAUCCAUCAUGUUCCUAGUGUGUAUGUUGUUGUCUUUUUGUAAGAAAAUAAAAAAAGAAAAUCAUCUUUAA